AAAUAAGCAACAUAAAAUCUUUCUCUUUAUCUCUAUAUAGCUCAUACACAAACUUCAUUCUAAUGGCUCAGAGAACUCUUGUUGCAACAUUUUUUCUAAUCUUCUUCUUGUUGACUAAUCUCGUCUGUAGCAAAGAGAUUAUUGUCGGAGGCAAAACCAGCUCCUGGAAGAUCCCUUCUUCGCCUUCUGAGUCCCUAAACAAAUGGGCUGAGAGUUUACGGUUUCGCGUUGGCGACACUCUCGUGUGGAAGUACGAUGAGGAAAAGGACUCGGUUUUGCAAGUGACGAAAGAUGCAUACAUUAACUGCAACACCACAAACCCAGCAGCUAACUACAGCAAUGGAGAUACUAAAGUGAAGCUAGAGAGAUCUGGUCCUUACUUCUUCAUCAGCGGCUCUAAAAGCAACUGCGUUGAAGGUGAGAAGCUUCAUAUUGUUGUCAUGUCCUCUCGUGGUGGCCACACCGGUGGUUUUUUUACUGGUUCUUCUCCUUCUCCUGCACCAUCUCCAGCUUUGUUAGGAGCUCCCACUGUGGCUCCAGCCAGUGGUGGCUCUGCUUCUUCUUUAACUCGCCAAGUUGGGGUUUUGGGAUUUGUUGGAUUAUUAGCGAUUGUUUUGCUUUGAUUUAACCUGCUUUGUUCAACUUCUAUCUCUGCUUUUUGAUUCUUUGAUCCACAAGAUUUGUUGAAUUCUUUUGCCUUUUAAAUAUUAAUGUUAUUUCCG